CAUAAAAGAUAUUGAUAUGGAUUUAACUGAAGAGGAAAUUCUGGAAGGUUUGAGCAGUGAAACACAAAUUAUCGACGUAAGAAGACUUAAACGCCGUAAUACUAUUACUGGCCAACGAGAACCGUGCGAGGCAAUACGUGUAUGCUUCAAAGGAUCAUCUUUACCUAGUUAUAUACAUAUGUUUGAUACUAGGGUGAAUGUUAAUCCAUAUGUAUAUCCCGUAACUCAAUGCUCCCGCUGCUGGCGAUUUGGACACAGCUUAAAGAUGUGCCCCUCAAGUAGGGUGGUCUGCCCUAAAUGCGGUCGCGAUCAUCCUAAUUGCGAAACACUGACUUAUAAAUGUAACAAUUGCUCCGGCAAUCAUAUGGCACUAGCUAGAAUCUGUCCAGUCUACAAGAAAGAAAAAAGGAUAAGAGAACUAAUGGCCGAAUUUAAUUGUUCCUAUAAGAGAGCACUAUCUAUAUACAUUCCUCCGGAGCCCCAUACACCUAAAGAAUCUCCAAAAACCUUAAACCAUCCUAGCGCAGACAUGUAUGACAAUAAUAUGGACAAAAGCACAACACAAACUACUUAUGCCGAUAUAGUUAAGACUAAUAAUGAACCCUCAACACCUAAAACUACAAAAAAGAAAACAAAGAAUCGAAAAAGUAACCAACAAAAAAACAAAACGCAAGAUAGUGAUUGGUUUGAGCUAACGUCCGAAAGUGAAGAAUUAAGUAAACAACCGAGGCAAGUUCAAACUGGGGAAAAUUUUAAGAAUAAAAAAUCAUGGAAAGAGUUGCUGAAAAUAAUGAAGGAUAAAUUACUAGAUAGAGAGAUGACAUGGCAGGAGAAAGUUAAGGACUGUAUUAAUAUUAUUAUGGAUUGGAUUAUAUCAUCGGUCUGUGCAUACGCGUCUAAUUUUCCUUGUUUUGAUGUAAUUUCAUCAUGGUUGAAGACUUCCUAAAUAUACUCCAAUGGAAUGCACAAAGCGUUCGCCCUAAGACCGCGGAAUUUGAACUUUUAUUAAAUCAAGAAAAAAUUCACAUUGCCAUUGUCAACGAAACGUGGCUUGAUCCAGACAGCAAUUUCAGAAUAAGUGGAUAUAACAUAUACAGAGCCGAUCGAGACGACGGAUAUGGGGGAGUUGCAGUGCUAACACACACUUCAAUAAAGUCUCAACAACUCAACAUUCAGAUUUCGAACUCUUUGAUUCAAAUACGU